UGGAAUGCUGCUGUGACGGUGUGAUGCUUGUUUGCCGCCUCUCUUCUGCUCUCUCACUCUACCUUUUGCUCUCUCCCCUCUUACCCUCUAGCUUGUCCCCCUCUCUCUCCUGGCUCCACCGUGGUUACUGCAGUAGUCCAGCAGCCAGUCGGGAGCCACAGAGCAACUGCCACAACUUGCUACCUCACCUCAUCCUUACUGCCCCCAGCCCUGAGCUCAAGCACGGGGAUCAACUAGUAGGCAACCAGGACAGACAGAGAGACACACCUCGGGGGAGAGUACCAGGCCAGGAACUUUCCAUACCUGCCUCUGUUUACGGAUACCGGUUACAGAUACCGUGCACAGCCACCAUCGCAUCGACACAGCAGGAGUCUACCCCUCUCUCUCUCUCUCUCUCUCUCUCUCUCUCUCUCUCACACACACACACACUUCUCUCUCUCCCUCUCUCUCUCUCUCUCUAUUUUUCCCUCACUGAUACUAAGGAAAGGACAAAAACACUCUCUCUCCUUCGACUGCUUUUUCCUCUCCCUCUCUGCUUCUCUUUCUCUAAAGCGUAGCUCCGGCAGCACUGCGCUCCCUCUCCUCCUCCUCCCCUCUCUCUAACCAGCACCCCCAUCUCUCCACCUCCCCCCCACCCCCUCAGGAAGAAUACUGCUAACUGUGCUGCACGCGGCAGGCUGCAGCUGCUAUAGCCACGGCCAGGCAAACCAUCGCAGGGAGAGGACCAGAAGAGAAGAGAGAAAAAGAGAGGACAGUGGGAUGACUGCGUCAGGAGUCCUUUAGCUUUUUUCUCUCUCUCUUUCUCCAUCCAUCAGAGCGGGGCGAAUCAGGCACCAGCUAGCCUUCGGCAAAGUCACCGAGACGGAGGGCUCUCAGCCGACAUACACACAGAAACACAGAAACACACACACACUCACGAGGACCUGCCAGACCGGUGGAUUUAAAAAAAAAAUGUAUUGUCAUUUUUUUCCUUUCUGCUCGGUGUGUCUGGCUUUUACUGCUUGAUGGAGCAGUGUGAUUCGUCAACAGAGGGGCCGUGUGUCUGCGGCUGCAGGCAGGAAGAGGGGGAGAGGAGGAGGGCUGGGGGACGCCAGUCACCUGCUUAGCUUAACCCACACGGCCUGUCUUUUCCCACCGAGCCUCUAGUCUCUACACACUGCUCUGCUCCACUCUCACCACCGGCUAACAGGAGACAUUUUGUUCCAUUAGUUAACACAGGGACAUUACCACCACUUUCCAGAUGAAGAAGAAGAACUGAAUAUAAAUACACUUUUCACAUUUCUGUUUUUCCAUGGAAAGGGAAAUAUACAUGACUCUGGUUCCUGAUUGUUUUUUGUGAUAUUCAGAAAGGAAGAAAUAAGGGACCGUUUAAGAACUAAUGAGCGUCACCCAGACUCGUCGAUGGCGUGGCGAAUCCUGUCCUUGCUCCAGCCAGGGUAGGAGGGUGGUGCGUCCUCCUCUAGUGUCCGUCUCGCCCCAACAUGCUGAACAAUGAGCCCUCCGCAACAUGAGUACUGUGGGCCGGGUUUCUCUGCAGCCCACCUGGAACGCAGCCCUGCUCGCCCUGCUAGCCCUCACCAUGGUGCCAGCUCUCAGUGUGUGCCAGCCUGCCGGCCUGGGUCCUCCCCCCAACCCCCAGAACUGUCCGGUGGUGUGCUCCUGCACCAACCAGAUCGGUAAGGUGGUGUGUACACGCCGUGGCCUGGUCAGGGUGCCCCCCGGGAUCCCCACCAACACCAGAUACCUCAACCUGAUGGAGAACAGCAUCGAGACCAUCCAGGCUGACACCUUCAGACACCUACACCAUCUGGAGGUGCUGCAGCUGGGCAGGAACGCCAUCAGGCAGAUUGAGGUGGGGGCCUUCAACGGCCUGACCAGCCUCAACACCCUGGAGCUGUUUGACAACAGACUGACGGGGAUCCCCAGCGGGGCUUUUGAGUACCUGUCCAAGCUGAGGGAGCUGUGGCUGAGGAACAACCCCAUCGAGAGCAUCCCAUCCUAUGCCUUCAACAGGGUGCCCUCUCUGAUGAGGCUGGACCUAGGGGAGCUCAGGAGGCUAGAGUACAUUUCUGACGGGGCCUUUGAGGGCCUGCAGAACCUCAAGUACCUGAACCUAGGGAUGUGUAACCUCAGGGAGAUGCCUGUCCUGUCUCCCCUGACUGGCCUGGAAGAGCUGGAGAUGUCUGAGAACACUUUCCCUGAGAUGAAGCCUGGCUCUUUCCGCGGCCUGCGCUCGCUACAGAAACUCUGGAUAAUGAACUCUGGGAUCACCGUGAUCGAGAGGAACGCCUUUGAUGACAUCACGGCGCUGGUGGAGCUGAAUCUAGCCCAUAAUAACCUGUCAUCUCUCCCCCAUGACCUCUUUGCCCCGCUGCAGUACCUAGUGGAGCUCCAUCUCCACCACAACCCCUGGAGGUGUGACUGUGACGUGGUCUGGCUGUCCUGGUGGCUCAGGGAGUACAUCCCCACUAACUCCACCUGCUGCGGCCGCUGCCACUCCCCUGCCCACAUGAGAGGACGAUACCUGGUGGAGGUGGACCAGACCACAUUCCAGUGCUCUGCUCCCUUCAUCCUGGAUGCUCCAAGGGACCUCAACAUCUCUGCAGAGAGAGUGGCUGAGCUCAAGUGUCUUACGGCCGCCAUGUCAUCGGUCCGAUGGCUGCUCCCUAACGGGACCGUUCUGACCCAUGGCUCGUCUCACCCUCGGAUCUCUGUCCUCAAUGAUGGAACGCUCAACUUCUCUAACGUUUUGCCGUCGGACAAGGGUGUCUAUACUUGCAUGGUGACUAACAUGGCAGGUAACUCCAACGCCUCAGCCUACCUGAAUGUCAGCAAUGCCGAGCUCAACACCUCCAACCUGUCCUAUUUCACUACAGUGACUGUGGAGGUGCUGGAGCCCACCGUAGAAGAGACCCCCAAACCCAAACCCACAGUCCCAGCCUCGCCCUCAGUGUUCCAGCCCGUCUUCAUCUCCACGCCCACCAUGCUGCUCCAGAGCACCCAGACCCCCCGCCAGGUGUCUCUCCCCACAGCCCGUGGCCCCACCCACCCCUCCGCCAGCCUGGACGAGGUCGUGAAGACAACCAAGAUCAUUAUUGGCUGCUUCGUUGCCGUGACGCUCCUUGCCGCUGCCAUGUUGAUCGCCUUCUACAAGCUGCGUAAGCGGCACCAGCAGCGGAGCACGGUGGCAGUGGCGCGGACCAUCGAGAUCAUCCAAAUGGAUGAGGAGGUUCCCGAGGUUCCACCGGCCAGGUCAGGUUCUAGCGAGUCUGAGGAGAUGGGGCUGGCUCUGCCCACCAUCUUAAAAGCAAGAUACAUCUCAUCAUCCUCAUCGUCGUCCCACAGAGACAGAGACAGAGACAAAGACAGAGAUAGAGACAGGGACAGAGCUGCCUACGGGGCUCACUGGACCCAUAACAACCUGGGAAACUCCCUGCACCGUUCCUCCAGCCGCCAGCAUCAUCAGCAGCACCACCACAGCCUCAUCAGCACCAUCGCAGAGCCCUACGUCAUUAAGACCACUCACACCAAGGAGAAGGUCCAGGAGACCCAGAUCUAAGGGACUCAUGCUGGCCUUACUGUGGAUCUAACUGUGUGGAUCUAACUGUGUGGAUCUAACUGUGGAUCUAACUGGGUGGAUCUAACUGGGUGGAUUUCUAUAUGGAUCUGACUCUACUCCCUCCUCUCUUCCUCUCCUCACUGCUCACCAGUCCAUGCAAUAGAAUGCACAAAGAAGACGGUAACUUUCUUUUGUACAGAGUGCAAAAUGGAGACAGUUUUAUCUAUCUUGUACAUGCUUAUACAUAAAUAUAGAAAUGUAAAAAAUAUACAUCUAUAUAACUUAAUCUAAUAUGGGGACGGUGUUGGGAUUAUGUAUCAAAGAAGAAAGUAAAAUUUAAACUAUUUUCUAAUAACUUGUAAGUUCUAUUUAAAAGCGAGAGAUGUUGAGGUCUCGAUGAUAGUGUGUUUGAUUGAUUGAGGGAGGAGCUGUCUUGAGCAAAACCUUUUUGUCAUUUAGACCAUUUAGGAUGUAGUAAAAGCCCUUUAUACCCACAGCAGUUUAUAAAACAACAAGCCCUAACAUCAGAUCAGGCUUCGCAGGUUCAUCUUAUAAAAGCGGCAGUUUGUACUGUGCCAAACGUUAUAAAUACAAUAAAGGACUCCGGAAGAUUAUGAAAACCAACAGCCACAUCCAAGCAAAAUCUAGACAGAAAGACAGAGAGUAAUUUGUCGAGGGAGAGAGGUAGAGAGAAGAGCAUAGAUUUUGCUGUUCAGUAGCUAUCAGCCAAAUGGUUUUAGACUGCAGUGAAUUUCUGCAGCUAAGGUUUAACCCUUUGUUUUCCGGAGCAAAGCUACACAUCUAUCUAAAAACAGCUCUUUAUGUUACUGAAUCUAAACCCGUUUAGUACGGUUGUAUUUGAUUUAUCCCAGGUCCCCUUGGCUAAGAUGAAGGACAGGCUAUUAUGAACAGAGAUUUGGUGUGGUUUCUUCAUGCAGAUUUAGGUUGCAUAAGGUAUUGUUCUUUUUUAUUUUUGUCUUGGGUUGUGACAUGCUUCUUAAUGGCAUGUGUAGUGUUUAGGGUUAAUGUAGUGCUGCAUUACAGUGGUUCUCUGUCUGCUCUCUGUAAGGGCUCGUUCUAAUGGUAAUCCCUCACAGUUACAGACGUGGUGCAGAGAGACUGGGGUUUGCUGACCAAUCUGCUUUUGGAAGAAAAAAAGGAGCUGGGCUGAAAUGAAAUGAAUGUCUGGACAUUGGGCUUGUUUCUCUAUGGACUUCAUUGAAACAAUGAAAUUGUUUUUUCUUUUCCUUAUUUUGGGUAUUAUUUCGAGCAACACUAUUUUUAUGGGGUGUCUAUAAGGAGGCUACAAAAAAUAAAACCUUUGGUUUGUAUUUCUCUA